GAAAAGACUACAAGUUCCAGGAGCCAGCGCGAGCUUUUGGCGGGAGAUUUGCCGUCGGUGGUUAUUUUCGGAGGGAACUGACUGAGGUCCAGUCUGCUCUACCUCCGGCUCCUGAUUCGCCACCACUGGCUGAACCAGGCCAGUGGGUAAGAAUUAAAGAACCGUCUCCUGCUUGCACCGAACCCAAAUGGUCCAUACCUCGCCAAGUACUCCUAAGCACUCCAACGGCCGUGAAAGUGGAAGGUGUUAAAGUGUGGGUUCACGGAUCCAGGGUUAAGCACGUUUGCAAGGCCUCCGAGUGGUGGCAAGCCUAGCAGCUAGAAGGACUCAAGCUGAAGCUUUGCCUCACUCCAGCUUCCCCCACUGACCUGUUCUCCUAAAUGGACUAGACACACAUUGAAUACGCUUGAUUUGCUGUGUUUGCUGUUUUCUUGAUUUGCUGCUGGUGGUUUCCCUGCAAGUUCCUGGGACAAAGAAGUGAUGGCGCCCACCUUUACUUUGGCUCAACAACUUAUCUUAACAUUUUUGAUCCUAGGGACUUCUACACCCAAAGCUGAAGUCUCCCGGUCUCAGUGUGAGCAAUGUUUGGUCACUACCCGCCGCGGAAACAAGGUCACAAAGACCCUCGUCUACCAUUCCCACUACAAUUGUAAGGAGCAAACCACGUCCUGUGUCCACAACACCACCAGUUAUGAGAUUUGUCCCAAUAAUGGAAGUCCCAUAUGCUUCAACCCCCAUGGAACGGGGGCAGACCCCUAUGGUCAGAUUGAAAUCAAAAUCACAAAAACAGUACACCAGCCUCAGCGAUUUACUGUGUUCCAUUCGUUUUAUGAGGAAAUGGAAACAAAAAUGAACAUUCCCUCGGUAACAAAAAAUCUUUUUAUAGAUUUAGCUGAGAGAAUUGUGUCCUCCCUCAAUGUAACCAACUGCUAUGUUUGUGGAGGAGCCAAUGUGGGAGAACAGUGGCCAUGGGAGUCUAGGGAAGUAAACCUGACCACCCUACACCAAAUGAACCUCACCUGGUCCUCUGUGGACCGGCCCCGUGAGUGGAAUCUGAAAACCUCGAUCAUCGGUAACACUUGCUUUCAAAGGACUAGCUCACGACUUGUUACAAUCCCCUUGGGGGACUUGGUCUGUCAAAAUGUAUUAGCCGCCAAUGACAGUGCCACCUGGUGGUCAGGGACAAAUGGAAGUCGCCCUGAUAACCCAUUUUCUUCUUAUAAGCAGUUGUCCUCCAUCUGGGACCGCCUACAUGAUGCAUCCUUCUCCUGGCCAGCCCCAGAUGGAUUAUUUUGGAUUUGUGGGAAAAAGGCUUACGUGUCCCUCCCAGAGAAAUGGAGCGGGACUUGUGUCUUGGGCACCAUCAAUCCCAGUUUCUUCCUUUUACCCAUUGUUCCGGGAAAGAGACUUGGUGUCCAAAUGUCUGACGAGAUAGGUCAAAGACAAAAAAGGUCCCUACAGAUUACCAGCCAGAAUACUUGGGGAAAUGAUGACUGGCCUACAGAGAGAAGUAUCCAGAUAUAUGGCCCAGCAACCUGGGCAGAGGAUGGGAUGAAUGGCUAUAGAACCCCAAUCUAUCUCCCAAACCACUUGAUUCGUCUUCAAGCUGAUGUUGAAACUAUCACCAAUGCUAUGAGCACAUCCCCUGAACUGCUUGCUAAGUCUAACACCCAAAUUCCUACUGCUGCCUACCAGAAACGUCUCGCCUCAGACUAUUUGCUUGCUCAAGAAGAUGGAGUUUGUAGGAAAUGCAACCCUAGCAACUGCUGCAUAAAAAUUGAUGAUACUACUAAAAUGAUAAAGGAGAUCACUGACAGUAUGAUGAAAGUUGCACACGUCCCAGUGCAGACUUGGAAUGGGGCAGUUGACUUCAACUCGUUUGGCGGUAUCUUCUCUGGUUGGAAAAGGAUUGGGUUUCUAGUGCUGUUAGCUUUGGAGGUCUCCUCCUCUCCUGUUUCAUUGCACUGAUCCAGCGUGUGGUCUGGUCCACCAUCACUGGGAUGACAGUCAACCUCAUCAGUGUCCGCUCACUCUCCUGAGAAACCGGCAAAGGUUAUGGUCCUCCAUACCAUCUCCAAAGAGUUCACCCUCCUGGUCAAUCAUUGACAGGAAGCAUCCUGUCCUGAAGUAAAGGGAGGAAUGAAGGGAUAUUAGUUAUAUAGUUAUUACAAAUUAGUCAUAGUUUAAUUCCUACUAUCUUGCUCCUUGCUUUCUCGCUUGUUUCUUGCUUCUUCGCUGACACCAGGGACAGCCUUGCUCAAUAGAUAAGAAGGGUAGAGCACAGAGCUGCCCACGGUUGAUUCAAAAUAGAUGAGGACACGAAUGCACAAGCCUAUAAGGAAUGCUGUAUAGAUAAGCAGGGCAUGGACAAGGAAUGCUCAAUGGGUGGGUGACAAACUUUUGUCUGAUUGGCUACAUGAAUGUAUAAGAUGUUCGCCACACUCUUCUCAGGUGUGACUCUUCCUUUCAUGCUUAUUGCUUGUGUGCAGUGGAACUGUCCACCCAGCUAUUUUGCUUUAUUAAAUAAAAUAUGUUACUUUUUCUAA